AUUUUUAUCACAACUUUUUAAUCAUUCCCUUUAAUUUUUCCAUGACAUUAUUUCCAAGUAUGGAACAAGGCAAAAACACUCAUCUAUUUCAAGAUUCAUGGCUGCUUCACUAUCAAGAAGAUGAAGAAGAUCAGAAGCCCACGUCAUCAUCCUCGUCAUCAUCAUCCAUCGGAGAAGAAUCAACGGUCUCAAAUCAAUCAUCAAUAUCAUGCGACGACACAGCAGAUGACGCGUCAUCAUCUUCAUCAUCACCAUCAAAUUCUUCGUACGAUCUUUCAGAAAUCAUGGCCCAGCUCCCCAUCAAAAGAGGGCUUUCAAAAUUUUAUAAUGGCAAAUCAGAGUCGUUUACUUCUCUUUCAAGGGUUACGAGUAUUGAAGAACUGGCGAAGAAAGCAAUUCCUUGCAGAAGAAGUUUGAAAGCAUCAAAAAGCUGUGGAUUAGGGCUAAAUAAUUAUAAGCCCUACACUUUGCCAAAAGCUGUUAUUACAAAGAAAUCUGCAAAGGGUUCUUUUUUCUCAUCUUUUCCGAGUAAAAGAGUUGGAUUUAUGAGCAGCAAACCGCCGGUUAAUCCUUCUUCACAUAACAAGUUGGAAUGCUAAAGAAACUGUUUUUUUUAUGAGAGAGAAAGUGAUGAGAGAGAGAGUUGUGUGUAUAGUAGCGAAUUUUGUGUUGGUUUAUUUCUUUUUUCUUCCAUUGUUAAAAAUGGAUUUGCUGUUGACAACUUAGCAUUCACUGUAUUUUUUUUUCUUUUAACUUUUUAAGUUCAGUUUGGGUCACUCAUUAACUAUGAAUUUUUCUUAUACGUCGACUCGCGUGCCAUCAAAUUCAAUAGAAUCUUUAAGAUUUUGUGUAAUCUUCUCUGGUAUGUACUUGUUUUGUAUAAAAUUUUAGUUUUUGGUGCA